UAACGACACCGUAUUAUCCGUACAUGUUUUCAGCUUCCCUGUCUUGCUGCCCGUCCGCAGAAAAAGAGAAAAUAUAUGAAAAAUCCUCGAGUCCAGACCUUGACAACAUCCCAGAUCCGUCAUCUCUAGCCGACGUGUUGUGACGCGAGCUACAACCCCCUCCUAAUCCUUGCGUCUUCCACAGCCACCCCUCGCCUCGAAUUUGACUCCUCGACCCCUUGAAGUGUUUGACAUCUGUCGUUGCACGAGACGUUGCUAUCUCACCCUCAGACACCCUCCCGCCGGAUUCCUGCAACUUUGUGCUGUAGCACCACUUUUGCCAUUUGAGAACCAUCCGCGCCCCGGUGUGGCUUCACGACCUCAAGCGCAGUCAGGGCAAGACUACCGAGUCCCUACACUCUGAUCGACCUCUUUUUCCGACUACGUGGCAGUGGGAUAGGAAAAGAAAUGACGGGGUCCGAGGCAUCGACUGCCAGAUGCUGAGCGACAUGUGUGACGAAUUCCUCCGGCAAGAUGCGCCCAACUCAACCCUCCAACAUAUUCAUCGCGCCGCUGCGCAUACACCGAAACAGCAGUGAUGAUGGACCCAGUGCGUUAUAUAACGAAUCCAAUCCUACGGCGACCUUGACAUCGGAGACCAUUGACGACCAGGUCUUGAGUCAUGCCAGGUUCCACAACUAUCUCCGCGCUCUCUACACGUUCCAGCCCUCUCCGCACUCGUCGACCACCGUCACACUGCCGCUGAAUGCCGGAGACAUCAUCUUGGUGCAUUCGGUGCAUGUCAAUGGCUGGGCUGAUGGGACACUGCUGGAGACAGGCGCCCGUGGCUGGCUGCCCACCAACUACUGCGAGGCAUACGACCAUGCCUCCAUGCGACCGCUCCUGAAGGCACUGACCGAGUUCUGGGAUAUUGUUAGGUGUGGAAGUGAUUACAAUCUAAAUCUGUUCCGCAAUCAGGAUUACAUGCGAGGUCUGGUAGCCGGAGUCCGCGCACUGCUGGAACGAUCCGAUUGCCUGACGCGGGAUGCCCCCCUUGUUCGACGACAUGAGGCUAUCCGACGCUCUCGCAAGAGUCUUCUCUCAGAUCUCGCGCUGCUCGUUCGUACCGCCAAACAAUUGCAGCAGGUGGUCACCGUCUCCUCUUCGCACAAAGACCUCGACAUCAGACUCGAUGACAUGUUAUUAAAGGCUUUCCGUAUCGUCACACGCGCCGUGUUCUUCUUCGACGUGUGGACUGAACAAAUUUCCGCCAUAGUGUCGAGUCCAACCAGGUCCGAGGUCUCGCAUGUCGACUCAUCUGGGCCGCCGACAUCCCCCAGGUCUAGAAGACCUCAGUCGACAAUCAUGCUACGGAAUUCAACACCCACCGCUUCGAAUGUGGCAUCAAGGCGAAACAGUGCUGGGCCCGUAGCACACAACACCCCAGUUCGUCGGCAGUCUUCGACAACACACCGAAUGUCUUACACUCGGGGAACUAAUCAGAAAAAUUCCAAUCUCAUCUCUCAGUACUUGCACAAGUCGUAUGAUGAUUUUCUUACUGUAUUGGCGUCCUUCCUGGGCUCCCAUAUGCAAUCGAGGUCUUCUUCUGAGCUUUUGAUGACCACCCAAAACGCAGUUCGCUCCUGUCGUCAACUCUUCGCCAUUGUCGAGACGGUUAUCGAACGAGACUACAGCACCUCUCGGCCCUUGAUCCAGGCCAAAGACGCUAUGUAUUAUGCUAUUACCGAAUUGGUACAUGCCGCCAGACAGGUUUUCAAACCAAUUCAUUCCAUGGACGAUGAGCUAGUCUAUCUUCCCGAAGAGGCACAAAAUCUUGUCCGAGCAGCGACCGCAUGUGUAAGUGCUGCAGGCCGAUGUGUAGCUCGGACUAAAGCAACGCUCGAGGAGAUUGGGGACUUUGAAGUCGAGAACAUUGCACAGCUCGUUGGCAGAGGUUCUGACAGCUCCAGCACACUCGAGUCCACCAGCCAAGAAGUCCGAUCCAGUGCUGUUCUGAGGCCAUCGGUCCAACAGCCCGCCACUGUCGAGGACUCAUCCCGGCGAGUAACAGAGAAUGCACAAAUCCCGAUCCCUAGACGCAUGAUUACUCCUCCGUUGCCACGAGACACGUCCGAAGCCCCUCUGACUAGCUUUACGACUGCUGCUGCUCCUCAGCCCAGAGACGAUGUCAUAGUGGAUAUCAUUCGAUCUUCUCCAGUCCCCGAAGCAGCGUCUCUAUAUCCAAAUGCUCAUAGACGUGCUCCGGGGAUCACUCAGCCUCCGAUCGACAAGAGAAACCGAACUUCAGUGAUGCUACCCAUGGUGGAAAGUAAGGGCAGUGACAGCAGUCUCGACACCACCAAUAGGCGUUCAGAUCCAAGCAACUUAUCAAGCGCUUCCACGCGCGUGGCCUCCCUAUAUGGUGGUGGCUCAUUCACGGACUCUCUAUCGGCGCAAUCCACACCCGACGACCAUUCGUUACUCGGCGACGACGACGACGACGUGGAGGCAGAGAUCAUGACACAUACAUUUGCCCAGGAAAUCAUCUUUAAUCGAGAGGGAGUAGUCGUCGGUGGAACCCUGAAUGCUCUGGUGGAACGCCUGACCGCGCAUGACUCGACCCCGGAUGUGUCUUUCAUUAGCACAAUUUACCUGACUUUUCGCAUUUUUGCUCGGCCUGAAGAGUUUGCCUCUGCUCUCGCGCUCCGGUUCGAUUAUGUUGCGGUAAAUCCAAGAAUCGCCAACCCAGUCAGGCUCCGAGUGUAUAAUGUACUCAAGGGGUGGAUGGAGUCUCACUGGAGGCAUGACUGUGAUGAUACUGCUCUUCCCGUCAUCGUCGGGUUCGCCAGAGAGUCCAUGAUGCCCGUCCUUUCGAUGGCCGGCAAUAGGAUUUUGGAAUUGGCUGAGCAGGUCUCGUCUGCAAAUAAGCCCAUAGUUCCGAGGGUCGUUUCGGCCAUGGGGAAGACAAGCACUUCUUCCGCGACCUACGUCGACCCGAAUACACCAUUACCAACCCCUGUCCUAUCGAAAAGCCAACUAAGUGCAUUGAAGACGUGGAAAAUGGGUGGUGCGACUGUUAGCAUCCUUGACUUCGAUCCGCUCGAGCUGGCCCGUCAGAUCACUUUGAAAACGUCCAAAAUUUUCUGCUCCAUCUUGCCGGAGGAGCUGCUCGGGACUGAAUGGACCAAGCGCAGCAGUUCCCUCGCUGUUAAUGUCAGGGCCAUGUCGACACUCUCGACCGACAUUUCCAACCUUGUGUCAGAUUCAAUUCUGCAACUUGAAGAACCCAAAAGGAGGGCAGCAAUUGUGAAGCAAUGGGUCAAGAUCGCGAACAAGUGUCUAGACUUGCACAACUAUGAUACACUCAUGGCUAUCGUCUGUGCACUGGACUCGACAAACAUCAAGCGAAUGCGAAAAACUUGGGAAGGGGUGCCUCAAAAGACGAGGUCCAUGUUCGACGAGCUCUGUAAGGUGGUAGAUGUGGCCAAGAAUUAUUCCGCCUUGCGUCAACGCGUCCAAUCCCAUCUUCCGCCAUGUCUGCCCUUCAUAGGCGUCUACUUGACCGAUCUCACCAUGGUCGAUACGGCAUAUACAAACACGCGGCCAUUGACGACUGAUCAGGGCAGAAUAUCCGUGAUCAACCUAGACAAGCAUAUGAACACGGCCAAGAUCAUCUCCGACCUCCAACGAUUCCAAGUCCCUUACAGAUUUGCCGAGAUUUCCGAGCUACAGACGUGGAUGCAAGAUCAAUUGGUCAGAGUUCGUUCAGCUGGCGACAAGAGCUUCCAGAUGCAUUAUCGAAGGUCUUUGAUUCUGGAGCCAAGAGAACCGAACAGAAGUCCCAACCCCGACAUGCCACAGUCGGCCAAGGAAAAGGAUAAAUUCGACUUUCUCAAUUGGACUCAUCUUCUUCAGAAAGACAAGCCCGUGCCGAUCCAGAGUUGAUCAAAACAACCCGGCACUGUCGAGCAUGAGCAUGGCCUUUUUUUCCUGCGCCGCUUUCAUUUCUUGUUAUCCGCUGUGCACAGUUGGCGUCCUGAAGCUUUAUACGAGACCAUUAUGAUACCCCCGGGGACGGUAAUCUGAUUUUGUUCUGAGAUUCUGAUUGUGAGCAAGCGAGAAUUUGUGCAUUUUUUUGAGCAUGUCUGGGCGAUUUGGGUCUGGAAUGUUUGCCCUCAUUUGACGAGAGAGAGGCUCAGACGCAAUGGGUGCGGUAUCUAAUUGACAGCCCUCGAUGCAUGCACCAUGGCAUCAUGAACCCGAGGAAGAUUCGCUGGGCUUCGACUGGGAAACUAUAGCCCCCGUGUCGUUUUCCCCGCGUCCUUUUUUUUCCUCUUUGUACAGAAUCUAUCUAUCCAGACUAAUGGCCCGGAGGCAUGCAUGUGAUUUGAUGUUUGAUGUACGACUUUGAUGCUUUUUUGUCAUAAAUGAUGAUCCGAAGAGGGGGAGGCAGAAAGGAAAACGCUUCAAAGAUGGAAGUUUUACAGGAUAGGUCAUAAAUAGUCCGUACAUAGAAGAACCACGUUUGUAUCUCGGAA